AUGGGAUCUUUACCUGUCGACAGAAUUAAGCCUACGCGAGCAUUCACUAUUACUAGAGUGGAUUUUGCCGGUCCAAUAGUCACACUUGUCAACAAGGGACGAGAUCGGAGAACGUGUAAAUCUUACAUGGCAUUAUUUAUAUGCUUCUCCACAAGAGCUAUUCAUUUAGAAGCGACAAGUGAAUUAACAACGGCAGCGUUUCUAGCUGCUUUGCGCAGAUUCAUAGGUCGUCGAGGUUUACCAAGCAAAAUUUGCAGCGAUAAUGCUACGAAUUUUAUAGGCGUUAAGCGAGAGCUAAGUGAACUCUACGCAUUAAUACGUUCAUCAAUUAAUGGAAGUGUUGGUGAUGCCUUACAAGAAAGGGGUAUAGAGUGGAGCUUCAUCCCACCUUACUCACCUCAUCUUGGUGGCUUAUGGAAAGCAGGAGUAAAAUCUUGCAAAUAUCACUUGAAACGAGUAAUGGGCAACACUUUAUUCACGUUCGAGGAAUUAACUACGUCUCUAGUGCAAAUUGAGGCACGCUUAAAUUCAAGACCAUUAUCGCCUCUGUCUUCGGAUCCAUCAGAUUUGCAACCUUUAACUCCGGGACAUUUCCUCAUAGGAGAGCCGUUGAAUAGUCUUCCUGAGAACGACUUAACUGACGUUGGGAUCAAUCGCCUCGAUAGAUGGGAAAAAAUCCAGCGUUCCGUCCAAGAUUUUUGGAAACGGUGGGCGGCCGAGUACGUAUCCAAUCUACAAAGUCGUGUUAAAUUGAAAUCAAGACAUGGAAAAUGUUAA